AUGAGCGGCAUGCGCGCCAAAGUCGCCAGCCGGCUGCGGAGCUCGUCGCUCUCAGCUGUGCCUCCGCCGCGCCAGAGCUCCAACUAUUCGACAGACAUGGCCAAGGCGGCGACUUCGAUUCUGUACCGCUCGCCCAUUCCGUCCAGGGAAGGCAGGCCUGUGUUCAUCCUGAACGCGGCUGCCAUGCCCGACACCCACGAGACCGACUUCGACCUGCUCCUUCCCUACGUGCUCGCGCGCCUGCCUGAGGAGGACGACUUGCUGAAGGGAUACGAAUACGAGGUCGUCUUCUUUGCUGGCGACGGCGACAAUGGGGCUACGACGAAGAAGCAUAGGCCGGGCUGGGGCUGGUUCCUGCAGGCAUACCAUGUCCUGUCACGGGCGAUGCGCAAGCGGCUCCAGAAACUGUACAUUGUGCACGAAAAGGCAUGGGUGCGCAUCCUGACCGAGAUCUUCUCGACCAUUGUGAGCCCCAAGUUCAGGAGGAAGAUUUACCAUUGUGAGUGCUGGGUGCCGGGUGCUGCGUGCUGCGUGCUGCGUGCUGCGUGCUGCGACACCUUGACAGAACUCGCCCGCAGCAUACAGGUCGAGAACCUCCUCAUCCCCUCGUCGACGUACCUCACCGAUCGCCGCAUAUCCGACGACAUCUACGUAGAGCACGCCACCGGUCGUCGAGCGUUCGGCGCCCGCAACCCCUUUCCCACAAGCCGCAAUGGCAAGACGCGCUUUCCUCGCGUCCUGCGAGAGGCCACAAGCUUUGUGCUGAUCGAAGAGAACAUCACCUGCGAGGGCCUGUUCCGAGUCCCACCACACGCGAAGCUGCGGGACUGCUUGAAAGAAGCCUACGACAGGGGCCAGAAGUACAUCAUAUGGAAAGACAACGGCGUCACGCUGCCAGUCCCACCAUACUCGAAUGCUGAACACCAGGACGAGAUUCUUGCCGAAGUCGACCCCAAGGAUGCAUACUCCGUCUUCAUGGCUGCCGCACUGAUCAAAGCGUGGCAUCUUCUUCCUCUGCUUGACGCUGUGGCCUCACGGCAUGAGCAGAACAAGAUGACGGCAGAAAACUUGGCCGUGUGCUUUGCGCCGGCAUUGCUGUGUGGACCCGACCAGAUUGAAGACGCUAAGAUGUCUUCAGUCAUCAGACGCAUCUUCAAACACGCAGUCGAAAUGUGGCCAAACGGGCUGCGCGAGGCAUGCGAACAGCCUGCUGAUGCUUUCUAUCAAGAGCUAGAGUUGCCCAAGGAUGAGGCUGAUUGGGACGACCCAGUGGAAGAAAAGCGCGUUUCCGGAGAAGGCAGAGCUUCGAUGGAAGAACAGAUGGGUGGCAUCACACUUGAAGACAACGAGAAGUUAUUCGAGGCACCAUAUCCCGAAGCAUCGCAAGAAACCAUGCCGCCACCCCUCCCUCCUCGAGCUCGCGUCCCCUCGGCGAGAUCCUCUACCGACUCUGCGAAGAGGAAGCCCGCACCACCGCUGCAAGUGCCGCCACCCAGAUACUCUACCGUGAUUUCAGAUGCACCAGAAGACGUCGCCGACUCGCCUCUGACUUACGCUGCAACAACAAACGGCUUCUCGCCACGAAGACCUGAUGAUGAGCAGGCACCACCACUGCCUCCACGAUCGAAGGAACAAAUCUCGGAUGAGAAGGCUGGCUUUCCUCCCAAGUUGAACAUUCCAAAGCGGAAGAACCUGACAUCAGCGCAGGUUGACAACGUGGAAAGGUCCGCCUAUGCGCAGACACCCACUUCAGCGUCUUCGGAGCGUUCCCCAAACACAUACGAAACAGCCAGUCGAGGAUCAUACCAGCCACCACACGGCGGAAUGGCGCUUCCGGGAUUGACCAGGCAAAGCUCACACGAGGAUUCAUCUCCCACUUACGCGCCAAAGCGAGCACCACCCGCCAUCCCCGCCAUCACCCAAAGCGAGCAAUCCUCCCCUGUCAACGCCCUCUCCUCCUCCCCAUCAGACCCCAAACCCUCCUCCGCCACCGAAUUCCGCCGCCCUUCAAUCCCCGCCUCUGCGAACCGUAUCCCCACCAUCACCGGCCUUGCCCGCCCCGUCUAUCCCAGCACCCCCAACACAAACCAAAAUCGCCCCCCUUCGAAAUCUACUUCCCUCCCCAUCCCCGGCCCUAAGCCGCGCGCCAUCAGCCCGGGCCUGCUGCACCGCAUGCCGAGCUUCGAGGCACGCCAGGUGGACCGCAAGAUGCUGACGCCGAACAAGCUGAAUUUGAAAAAGCAGUCGGUCGAGGACUUGCGCAAACUAUAUGAGGAGCGCGCGGGGACGGCGAGUGUGCUGGUCGAGGCGGGGAAGUGGGGGAAAGAUGCGAAUGCGAACGCGAGGAAGUAG